GGAAGUACCCACUCCUCCCUCCCUGUCUUUCUUGCUUUCCUUCAUGUCUCUUCCUCUCAUAUCGUAAGCUGCACUAAACAUGACAGAAUAUACUCCAGUGCUGCUCCCACCCCCUCCCCUGUAAUAUUUUGGACUUUGGUACUUGCUUUUGCAACCUGUUACAUAACCUAACUGGCAGCAGUCUGUUGCGUUCUAUGAAGCAUUGCUUUUACACAAAUGGGAGUUCAGUUGUCUUUAAAGUUGCCCCCAGUGACUGGGCCGCACCCUGUAAGCUGCACUGAUAUCAUGGUGGGACACAGCAAAGAGGGAAGUUUUUUUCGUCUCUUUUACCCAUGUGGCUCUUCACAUGAUGUGCAGUAUCCCAUGUGGCUACCACGUUCUGAGUAUGUCACUGCUUUGGCCAAAUACUUAGGCUGGGAUAGCAGCAUUACGCCAUAUAUUUCUUCACUGAUCUUUGGACAUCCUCAAGUCCCAGUUCCAUGGAGUGCUCCAUUUGUGACUGGUGUGGACAAGAAACCACUCAUCAUUUUCUCACAUGGACUUGGAGCAUUCAGGACAGUCUACUCAGCUUUAUGUAUGCAGCUUGCAUCCCAUGGAUUUCUGGUUGCAGCCCUAGAACACAGGGAUGGCUCAGCAUGUGCCACAUACCAUUUUGCAGAUGAUGAUCCCACAAAUGCACCUUUAAAAGAGGUUUGGGUCCCGUUUAGCAAAGUAGAAGUGGGAAUGAAAGAGUUUUACCUUAGAAAUUACCAGCUCCAUCACAGGGCAAAUGAGUGCGUCAGAGUCAUUCAAAUUCUGCGAGACAUCAACGCUGGAGCAGUGUUUAACGUUUUAAAGUCUGAUUUUGACUUGCAAGCACUAAAGGGCAGAAUGGACUUCAACAAUGUAGCUAUAAUGGGACAUUCCUUUGGUGGGGCUUCUACACUCCUUAGUCUGGCAAAGGAUGAUACAUUAAGGUGUGCCAUUGCACUGGAUGCCUGGAUGUUCCCUCUGGAGGAUGCUUCCUAUACUAACAUCCAGAAGCCAAUACUGUUCAUAAAUGCAGAACAUUUCCAGACUACUUCUAGCAUCCAAAAAAUGAAAAGACUAAAUGCUGGGAACAGGGAGAGCAAAGCUAUAACUAUUCUAGGAUCUGUCCAUCACAGCCUGUCAGAUUCUGCCUUUCUAUCUGGGUUUCUUGCUGACAGAAUCCUUCAACCCCGUGCAAAGUUAAACCCAGAGCAGUGUUUGCAAGCAACCAUCACAUCAGCCCUAUCCUUCCUGCAGAAACAUUUAGGGCUUAUUACACCCCUGUCAGACUUCAUUAUAUUAAUGCCAGCACCCCGGAUGUUUGCACCAGAUGUGCUUUGGACAAGGGUACUCUGAUACACAUGCUGUGGAGCUGUACUAAGCGCUCCGCAUACUGGAGGAAAGUCCUAGACACCUUAGAUGCGGUGCUCCAGGUGACUAUUACCAGGUCGCCAAAGGUGUGCAUCCUGGCCAUAAUCCAAGACUUGAAGCUGAACCAUCACCAGUCAUUUUUCCUUCUUGAGGCCUUGCUACUAGCCAAGAGGUUAAUCACUCAGAAUUGGAGAUCUGUGGCUCCUCCUACCUUCUCUUCCUGGGAAGCAAUAAUGCAGGAUACCUGUAACACUGAAUACCUAAUGUACCUGAAAAGGGGAGUCCCCACCAAAUUUCAUAAAAUUUGGGGGCCCUGGGCCGACCUUUACCCCCAACAUCCAAGACGACUUCUAGCAGUUUAGACUGCCAGGGUUCAGGGAAGGUGAAAUGUGUGAUUAUAAUGUUGUGAACUGUUGUGCCUAUGACGCAGUACUGACUGCAUGUUAUUCUUUCUGCACUAUGUUUUGUCUAAGACAUGUAACUUGUGAUGUACUGUUCUUCCUUAUUUUGAUUUUGUUUUGUACACUACUUAUGUUUUCUACUCAAUAAACUACCCAAAUUUAAAAAAAAAAAAAA